AUGUCAAUCUUCUCGCCGGAACUGCGAUUAAACACAAGCACCAUUAGUGGCGCAAAAAUGGAGGAUAAUAUUAAAGACCUCAGCCGACCUCAGAUGUAUUUAUUUGGUUGCUCGCUGAAAGCAGAGAGGAAAGAGCACAAAGUUGAGGUGGAUGAUGAUGAUGAGGCUGAACAUCAGCUGUCACUCAAAGCGGUGUGUUUGGGUGCAGAGGCGGAGGACAAAUUCCACACGGUAGAGAUGGAGGGAUUGACUUACGAUGGCAAAACGACCAAAAUCACCCUUGCUGUAUUGAAACCAUCUGUUCUGCCUUCUCUUAGUCUGGGAGGGUUCGAGGUCACGCCUCCUGUGUCUUUUCGCCUGCAGUCAGGAGGGGGGCCGGUCCACAUUAGUGGUCAGCAUUUCGUCAGUGUGAAGGAAUCAGAUGAUGAGGAUGAGGAAGAGGAGAAUAACACAUCACCGGUAAAGAGACCAUCCAACGUUGCCCUCACAAAAGUGCCUCAGAAAAAGCUUAAAAUGGACUCGGAUGAAGACGAAGACAGUGAGGAGGAUGACGAAGAUGAGGAUGAAGACGAUGAAGAUGAAGAGGAUGAUGAGGAAGAAAAGAGAAUUGAAAAGAGUCCCGUAAAAGCCCCUCAAAAAGCCCCAGAGAAGAAAAAGAGUGCAGAUAAACAAAACGGCUCUCCAGACAAGAAAGCAGGAACAUCGGGGAAGCCUCAAUCCCAGGCACCACAGAAAGUAAAAGACAAGUCCGCAGCAGGACCUUUUGGGAAGGCUCCCAGCGCUUCCAACCUGAGUGAGGUCAAAAACAAACUGUCAUCAGCAGUUAAAGAGGGGAAGCCACUUCCAAAAACGGAACAGAAGUUUGAGAACUAUGCUAAAAGCUCUUUCAGGAUCUCCGAUAAACAAGUGAUCAAAGACCUUUGGAACUUUUUACAAUCACUGAAAAAGUAAUGGCUGCUCUGCGCUCCCCGUCCCGUCCCGGUGCAGCAGAAGUCUGGGGUGAGCCAGUUACUGCACUUAAACUGUGCGAUCUGGCCUCUUCCCCUCCCAAUGCGAUCUGCUUGCUCUUCUCUGCUCUCUUCUCUCAGUUAAGAGAUGGAUGGAGCAGAACGGGCCUCAGCAAUCGCAGAGAUACCACGGUUAAUGUUUUAUCUGUUUUGUUUUUUAUUUUUUAAAUAAUGAAAGCUGAUGAUUUUUUUCUUUGUUAAAAAGGCUCUCUUCAAAGAACAUUAUUGAAAUGUUUCAGUAAGGCUGAUAUCAUUUUAAAAAGCUACUUAGAGGAAUACUCCUGGUUCAAUACAAUACAAAAAAAAAAUAAAAA